CACAAGUUGCUCGGCAGCAGAAGAGCCACUGAAGGAAUGGCUGGCUGCAGAUGUGUAGCCCGGGAUUAACCGACAAAACACAGACUGAUGGAAAACACACAGAGGCCUGAAAGAGAUGGACACUGUGGGGGAUGAGAAAGAUGAAAAUUGUGAAGAAAAUGAAGAGGGGGCUCCAAUGAGGCGUACCUUCUCGGUAGAAGACCUCCUUGAUGAGGUGGAGAAGAUCUGUUACGAUGCCUCAGGGACGUCAAAGGUGGAAAUGGUGGUGAGGCUAUGGAAGGAUGGCUUCACUGUUAAUGAUGAGGAGUUUCGCAGCUACUCCAUACCAAAGAAUCAAGACUUCCUGGAUUCCAUCAAAAGGGGGGAGCUUCCGGCAGAGUGGGGGAGCAGAGCAGAGGAGGAGGAGCUGGAGAUCAGUGUGGAGGACCUGACGGAGGAAAAUUAUGUCCCCAGGAAAAAGGCCUUUCAUCCCUUCAGCGGCCGAGGAUACCGACUCGGCAGUGUUGCACCCAGAGUACUGGUCAGGUCACCAUCUGUGCAAGAGGAUGGAGAAUCUCCUCCUAUUCCCAUGGUAACACUAGACCACACCCUUCCUGUUACCUCCCUGCAGAUCUGGUUGGCUGACGGCAGGAGAUUGGUGCAGAGGUUCAACCUAUCGCACCGGAUAACUGAUGUUCAUGAUUUUGUGGCACGCUGCCAGAGGAGAUGCCCACCUUUUGUCCUGACAACAUCAGUUCCUAUCCGUGAGCUGGGCGACAAGGAAUUGAGUCUUGAAGAGGCCGAUUUGUCCAACGCUGUCAUCGUCCAGAGACCCCUAAACACACAGUCUCCGUUUGGACACUCCUGACUACAAAGACCCCUGUAACACUAAACCCCUAUACCUAAAUCUCACCUACUCCGAUUGCAGUCUCACGGCCUCCUAUAACUUAUAAUGUGUCUUUAUUCUGCAGUGUGUGCUGCUUUUGAUGAUUUUACAGUAUAUUAAUCUACCUGCGGGAGAGCAUAAUGUAGAUAUGUUCAGUUCUUCACCAUCACAGGUGCUGAAGUGCUGCUGUCAAGGCUUACUUUGUCUUCUCCCUCUGGAGGACAGUGUUUACCUGCCAACAGAUAUCCCAAAACUCCCAAACUCCAGAAAAGCAAAGUCUGGCGCCCGUGCAGAUGGUCAACCAUGUGUAUCCAUCUGUUGGUCUUCCGCAUGUACCCCUCCCUUCUUCCUUAAAACACAAACACACACACAAUACCACCACCAGCACCAACAACCAACUCUUUAAAGUCUUCCCCAACUGCACUAUUUGAAAAUGUAGAGGCUGAUAUAUCAAUGUGUAUCUCUGAGUUUACAAUUAUAUUUAUCGAACAUAUGAUGUUUUGUUUGCACAUUGUUAAUAUUAAUAAUAUAUUAUAACAAAAAAGGGAUGAUAUGACUUAAAAUAUUGUGCAAUUUUUGUGUGAAAAUGUGCCUUCUUUGGGGGCGGUUUAUUUCUGAAUGUAUGAUGUAUUGUUUUAUUUGACUGCAUCCUUUCGAGACAUAUCAAGGAACAAUAAAAAUACUCCUCAAAGUU